GGACCGGAAAUGCGUCACCCGAUGGGCGGGGAGUCUGCUGGCAGCCACGAAUAGGAGCGUCGUAUUGCGCUCGUCCCGCCCUAAAGGAGACCUGAGUCCGCCUUCCGGCCUAGCCGCCUGCACAGUCUGGGCAGCGUUGGGUGCUGUGCUCCUGUACACAUGCAGGGCAGUGCCAGAAGAACAGGCGCCAUGACCGACGUCCACCGGCGCUUCCUGCAGCUGCUGAUGACUCACGGGGUGCUGGAAGAAUGGGACGUCAAGCGCCUGCAGAACCACUGCUAUAAGGUUCAUGACUGCAAUGCUCCAGUAGACAAGUUGGAGGACUUCAUCAACAACAUUAACAGUGUCUUGGAGUCCUUGUAUAUUGAGAUAAAGAAGGGAGUCACAGAAGAUGACGGGAGACCCAUUUAUGCGCUGGUGAAUCUUGCUACCACUUCAGUUUCCAAAAUGGCCACAGAUUUUGCAGAGAAUGAACUGGAUCUCUUCAGAAAGGCUCUGGAACUGAUUAUUGACUCAGAAACUGGCUUUGCAUCUUCCACAAACAUUUUGAACCUGGUUGAUCAACUGAAAGGCAAGAAGAUGAAGAAGAAGGAAGCUGAGCAAGUGCUGCAGAAGUUUGUGCAAAGCAAGUGGCUGAUAGAGAAAGAAGGGGAGUUCACUCUGCACGGCCGGGCCAUCCUGGAGAUGGAGCAGUACAUCCGGGAGACGCACCCCGAUGCUGUGAAGGUCUGCAACAUCUGCCACGGCCUCCUCAUCCAGGGUCAGAGCUGUGAAACCUGUGGCAUCAGAAUGCACUUACCCUGCGUGGCCAAGUACUUCCAGUCAAACGCUGAACCGCACUGCCCACACUGUAAUGACUAUUGGCCCCAUGAGAUUCCAGGUGUCAUCACUCCUGGCCAGGACCCAAAGUCCGGACUCCUGUGCACUAUCCAGGACCACCCCUGCCCACCUUCUCUUCCACGCCCUCUCUUCCAUCAGUGCCCACCUGGGGAGUGACUCCGUUUUCCUGGUCUCUAGCCUUCCCCUCUCCAGCAGAGUGGAUGGAAUUGUCGUUUCUCCACCUAGGUCCCAUGCCCUGCGCUCCCUGGGUCUUCUGUCUCCUCCCCUGGCCAGGCCUUCUUAUCUCGUGGCCGCAGUGCUUUGGACCCAGCACUCAUGCCAGUUCCAGAUUCCUGUUUGCACACACUUCUGUUUCACUGUCAACAAUCGAAACAUUGCGUCCCCACCUGUCCUUCCCUGUUGCCCCAUUCUGUGGCCUUUGAGGCACUCAUCACUAUGUGACUCUUGAGCUCUCUGGUUGCUGCCCUGCAGUGGGCAUAAGUACCACUAUGAGGGAGGAACCUCAGCUGUUUCAGCACUGUUACCAAUCUCCGGCACGGGGCUGUGGCAUGGAGCAGCCCCCCCAGGCAGCCCCCGCCCCCCCAGGAUGGGUAUCAGGGGGGGCCUUCGUGCUGAAUGGCUGGUUGAUGCCUGGGUUCUGAGUAGAUGUUGGAGUCCACAGCCCUACACCUGGGUUCCCGGCAGCACUGGUGUCUGGUUUACAGGACUAGAUCUCUUCUCCCAGCUGCCUGUCUGCCAAGGGGCAUGUGCUCAAGGCAGCCAGGCCUCCAUAUCAUGCAUGUGACGGUGGCCUCUUGUGCCUCACUUUAGAUCAGUCACAGGCCAGCCUGUUCCCUGGCCAUAGUGGCUGUCAGCUGCAGAUGAUGGCACUGUAAUGGCCCAGCCAUUGGCAGAAGCUAGAGCCACACAGUUGUCCUUGCUGUUGGGGAAGAGGGUGAGUUACUAGUGCAGGCCCUGGGAUCUGGUUGGGAACAACUGCAGUUCCACGAGCAUCACUAUCGGCUUUCUAGUCGCCCACUGAUGGCCUGGGAGCCGGGCCUGGCCAAUCAGACAGCCAUUCCAGUGUACCUCAAAGAUUACCCUUGCCUGAGGGCUGGCCACCAGGACUUUCCCAGGUUUUCUUGAUUUUGAUUUAGCAGUGCCAGCUGCAAAGCCUGGGGCUCCUGAUGCUAGAAGGAUCCAUGUGGGUUUGCACCUGCAGGGACAUAUUCUCCCCGGGGGAGAAGGCCUGGCUUUGAGGGGAAAAGAGGGACACCAAGUAGAGAACAGCAGCAGAGGCCCCUGCUGUGUGCACCAUGUCUGUUGUUUCUGCUUCAACCACUUGGGUUUGUCACAACAAAAUGUGUCCCAGCCCACCUGGCACCCAGGGCCUGCGAAAGCCAGACUGCACCUCAGCUGCACCUUCUGCCUCCUCCUCACCUCCGGGCUCCAGCUGGCCCAGCUUACCACGUGUCCCUCGGCCUUCAGGCCCACCUCCCUGGCUUCCUGGUGAUUCCAGGUCCGGCUCUGGCCUCUGCUUUCCCAACCUGGCAUCCCUCUGUGUGACUGCCACCUGGCUUUCCCUCUUAUGGCACCUCCCACACAGGUCUUGUCCCUGUGAGUCUCCCUCCCAAGGCUGUGUGCUCCCUGUUGCUGCAGUGUGGCAUCCUGUGCCUCCCUUCCAGGUGUCAUCUCUCUGCCUGCCCUGCCACAGGGAGUGGGGAAUUUGGUUGAACAAAUGAUGUGUAAAAUACAAUUAUAUAAAUUUUUGUGUAUGUACUUACAUUAUUGAAAAAAAUUACAGAACAAGAAAUAUUAAAGAAAAUUAAAUAACCACA